UGCAUUUCCUGUUUUAUCUGAAUUUUGAAGUCUUUGCUCAACAAUGGGUUGAUCAAAAGGUUUUGCGUUUACUUUUGAUAUUCGUAAAUCUCUGUUUUUCCUGUUUUCCUUUGGUUUUAUCUUUUUUUUUUUUUGGUCUUUGGUUUUUUGCUACUUGUAUGGUUUCCAAAAAAAAAAGUUUAGAAGUUCUUCUUCCUAGUAUUUUUGAAGACUGCUACUUUUUUCGCCACUUGCUUUGACUACGCUUCCCUUUUUUCGGCUCUGCGUUGUUGUUGCCAAUGGCAAUGAAUUGUGUUUUUUUUUGUUGCUCAACAAGCUCGCGAAUUAAUGCAAAGGCCAAAGUCAUAAAUAAAUGCUUAAAACGAUUGUGGAAAUGUUCUACCAGCACGACACUAAAUUUAUCCUGUUUUUUUCUAUCUAUUUCGUUCUCGGUUUAAUAUAUUUUAGCGGCUGCGACUGCGCAGUUUGGAAUAAAGAACUCGAAUGUUGUCAUUUUUGCUGCUUCAUCGCUGCCUAGCCUGAAUUUCUGCCGGCGUCAGGAUGUCGGAAGCAGCGUGGGGAAGAAAACGAAUAAAACAGCUGUCAGUUAAAAACUGUAGUUUUCUUGCUGCGCUGUUAAGUUUUGACGUUUAAAAACAUGCGCCACCUAUGGCAACUCUGCUAUCUGCACAAAACGCCAUCUAUAACAGUGAAACAAAAUUUAUCAGCCUAACGCAAUAUUAUUAUUGACAGGAUUUUAAAUACAGCAAGGGGCAUGAAACAGAAAAAUAAGUGUAGUCGUUCGGAUUUUGCUAUGUAAUGGGUCUAUGGCUAUGUAAUCUGUCUGUAACUCUGUAACAUAUCAAAACGCCAUCUAUUACUGUUAAAUUUAAUUAUCAGUUUUUUUGCUUUUUCUUUCUUUUCCACUGUUAAGCAGCGGGUGUAAGGGAAUUCGGAAAAGAGGACAGCUGUUUUUGGAGGGUUGCCAAGUGUGGCCAAUUAGCUAAUUAAGUGGCAAUAUGUUACUGAUAGCAUGAGCGUCGAUGGCAAUUCCUAUAUUGGUCAUUUCAACGAUCGCCCUAGCCGCUAAAAUAAUGGUCUGGAUAAUAGUCGGUUUAACCAGACAUGACGUUUCCUUCACUAAAAAUUCGGCCUUCUGUGAUCAAUUGGAGACCCGGCAUAAAUUUUUCUACCCAGCGAAAUACCUCAAAUUUUACAAAAUCAAUCAAAAGUGCGAGGUGCCUGAUGAAUUGCUGAAAGCUAAGCUAGGGGACGCAGCUGGGCCACCAAUUCCAGUUCCAGAGGACGGUGACAAGAAAGGUGAUGGUGAUGGUUCAAAUGUUAAAGGACUUAUAGGACAUGCUGUCCUUUCAGGAGUAGCUUUAGGAUUGGCAGCAACGCUAUGACAUGUCAUAAGACGAAGCAUCUUAUAUACGAAAUUAUCGGUUUAACCACUCUGAUACUUUUAGUUUAUUUUAAAUUCUCAUUUACGACUUUUU